AUGAAAGCUCAGCCGAUGCCGCCGCCGCUCGAGCGCGCGGAGAUGGCGUCGUACUUAUUCGAAAAGCACCUGCACCACCAGGACGGCGUGGCCGGGACGCUCAGCAUCCGUCUCGUCGCUGCGCGUAACCUCCACGCUGCCGCGUCCAUGUUCUGGGUGCGCCCGUGCAGUCCCUACGUGAUCUUCCGCGUGGGCAGACAGAGCGUCCGCAGCUCGACGAUCCCGCGCAACUCGAAUCCCUCGUGGCGUCGGGAGCUGCUGGAGGUGAAGGUGCCGAAACUGGACGUGAAGCGGCAGCUGCUCAAGGAGCACUCGGACGUGCGACUGGAGCUCAUUGUCGACGUGAUGAACGAGGACUCGCUUACAGGCAAAGCGACGGAAGCGGUGGGGAUCGUUAAUGGCUCUGUCAUUGGCACUGCACUCGCGGACGUGACGCCGCUGGUGGAAGGCAAGGAAGACGUGCUGGACCAGUGGAUUCCGCUCAGUGGAGCGCUGUCGGUAGCAGGCAGUGGCUAUAGCCCUAAGGGUGGCAAGAAACAGCACCCGGAAGCGGAGCUGAACUUGGGUGAAGUGCGCGUUGUGUUGCAGUAUGAACCACAUGGAAUGGAGCCACUUGUAGGUGAUGUCGUCAAGAUGGAAGGCUUUGGCUCGUAUCCCUCGGCUGUGCUUGGGCCUGUGGAAGAGCUGGAGCUUCACGUGAAAAAAACAAGUGGCAGCUAUUUACUGUGCAGCUACGCCACUCCGUCGGGAUAUGACGCGACGCUGCGUGUGCACCGCAACACGGUGUUUGUUGCACAUCGCGGUAGCAUGUUUGACCGCUUCUACGAGAUGUGUGUGGUCGAGCCGCUGGAGUUUGCAGCGAACACGCCCAUCGGCCAGUCAGCCAAGGAAAUGCUGCGGCCGUAUAUGAAUGUCGCUCGUGCGUUUAGUGGCCCGGCAUUGGUUGCUACGAAAGCAACGAUCAUGACGACGUAUCGUGCGUCUACUGCUGCGAUUGGUGCUGUGGUGGCAUCUUUGGACGAAUAA